AUGACAGGAAGCAGGCCCGCAACAUUAACAGAUAAAAUCCCAGAGCUCAACCCCUGCACGGUUAUGGAUGGCGACGAGAAACCCACGAGCUCCCAGCGGCGCGAGCAGGUACUAGAGAAUUGCAGAUGGCUCUUCGGGCAAGAGGUUCAGCUAAUAACGUUCUAUCACACCUUCAACAAUGGCGUCUCGAACGCAUGUACAGCGCUGAUCCUACCAAAGACGUGCUCGCUGCGCGAUUCGCAUGCGGAUUUCAACUCGAAGGUACUGUGGAAGAGAGAGUGCAAGGCGAAGGGGAAGAAGUGGGUGACGAGGGAGGACGCAAUCAAUGAUUUACUAUGGGAGGUAGAGAGCAAGAUUGGCGAGAUAUUACAGACGGACCGGAAGGGCGAGUUCCAGGUCAAUGAGGGCGCCAUUCCGAGCGCCUGUUUUCAAGAAGUGGUAGAGCCAGUGAAGGAGAAGCAGCCCGAUAUUGUAGCGGAGCUUCCAAAAACCGCCGAGAGGCCUGGGAUGGGAGAGAAGAAAGGAAAUGACCCGAUAGAGAUGUAUGAACUGGAUAGGAGGAGUAUCCGAGGCGGAAAUGUGGGACACAAAGCAGCAGGAAGGGGGCAAAAGAUCUGGCGAAUUGUGGGAUACACACCGUCGGGCGAGCCAUGCAUCGAAGAGCACGAACCAGAGAACGGUGGUCCGCCAAAUACUAUGGUUCUUAACCCCUUCAAGGCCCCACAUGAAGCACCUGAGUUCAGUAGUGCCCACAUUGCCGAGGUGGGCCUCGCCCCUCUAGUGGUUAGUCGCGCAGUGAUGAGUGAUAUCGAAGCGGCCACGGCGUAUGAUGAUCGGUUUGCCAUUCCGCCCAAUGAUCUUGACGAGCUGAGAAAUUUCGACGAGGACGUCAAACAUGUCAACCAAUUGAUUGCGACCACAGCACGCGAAACCUAUGCCAGGCUGUCCGAGAUCCAGCAUGGAGGCGUUAGCGGAGGAAGUUCGCGACUCGCUAAGCCCUCGGUAGCCUAUCAAAGGAUAUUUCAAGACCAGGAAAUCGCAGCGAAGAAUCUGUUAUUCAGGAUAAACAAAAAGAACCAGCGGCUAGUUGCGCUCGCGGCACUACAUAGACAGGCGGAAGAGCUCCAUAUGAGGGAGAAAAUUCGGGCCACGGAGAGUGAGGCAAGAGAAGUUGAGACCAACAUGCUUCUUGAGAGGUUGUUCAAGAAUAGAGGUGCUGGGGACGCUCGGUCCGUAAGGUCGGGAAUGGAUGGAUGA